AUAAAACACAUUGGUUUCAUCGUUUGUCUUAUGUGUGUUCUUCCAUCAAUCCUAGCUUAUACACCAAACAGGUGUAACCGAUCAUGCGGCACAGUUCAAUCUAAACACCUGCCCUUCCCGUUCGGAUUCUCCUCCGGCUGCCAAAUCCGUCUGAACUGCACCAAAAAUGGCACCAUGGUUAUCGAUGACUUUCCGGUCCAGCAAGUAACAUCUGAUUCUAUACUGGUCAACCUUCCGGCCCAAUGUGGCCGUCCGGUCGAAACCCUCCACCAUCUUUUCAGUCCAAACUAUGCUCCGACGUCGCAUAAUGGAAUACUUUUACAGAAUUGUAGCACACCCCUCACGGCAUGUUUGAUUCCGACCACUAUGGUUCAAACCCAUUUUGAAUUGCUUGAUUGUGGAUCAAAGGAUGACAAUAUUAGCUGUUACUCGGAGCAGAACAACCGGAGUUUGUUCAUUGAUUACUACAACUUAACGAGAAGCCGAUGCCGGUCACUUUUCUCGGCGAUCUCAGUUGUGUCAUUGGGGGGUAUUAAUAGCUCGGCGGUGUCAUUGGAGGUUCAGGUGGUACAAUUGGGGUGGUGGCUUGAAGGGCUUUGUCAGUGUUCCGACCACGCCCAUUGUACUAAAAUUUUUCCGCCGGUUAAUGACCGGCUAGGAUAUCGGUGCCAAUGCUUGGAAGGGUACCGUGGCGAUGGAUAUCGGGCCGGCUUGGGCUGCCGGAAAGAAUCUACAGCAUGCAACCCUUCAAAGUACUUGUCUGGCCGAUGUGGAGGAACAACAAGAAUUGGCGCUUUAAUUGGAGCUUCAUUACUCAUAUUAGUUCAGUGUCAUACAGAUGGAUAUCGGUGCCAAUGCUUGGAAGGGUACCGUGGCGAUGGAUAUCGGGCCGGCUUGGGCUGCCGGAAAGAAUCUACAGCAUGCAACCCUUCAAAGUACUUGUCUGGCCGAUGUGGAGGAACAACAAGAAUUGGCGCUUUAAUUGGAGGAUUAAAAGCAGUGGACUUUUUGCGACCCCCGAAUGAAGUGAAUUUGGCUAAUCUUGCCAUUGAGAAGAUAGGUAAGGGGUGUUUAGAGGAGAUAAUCGAUCCAUUCCUGGAACCAGACACAGAUGCUUGGACUCUUUCAUCAAUGCACAAGGUGGCUGAGAUGGCAUUCAGAUGCCUUUCAUUUCACAGGGACAUGAGGCCUUCGAUGAUGGAAGUGGCAAUUGAAUUGGAACAAAUCAGGCUUAGUAGAUGGGUGUCAUCGGAAGAGAACAUCACAGCUUCAUCUGAAGUAUCCUCUUGCUCAUCAACAUCUAAUUUAAGUGAGAAACCACUAGGCCUGACAGUAAAGAAACCUGAACUGGAAAGCGGUCUAUUUGCCAGCAUGAAUUCAAUGGACAGUGUGAAGGACUAUUCCUUUAUCUCUGUGCAGGACCUGUGGCCAAGUGAACAAAGCUCCCCAUCAUCUAACCGUUUACUCAGCAAUGUAAUUCAGUGA